AUGAGACAAUCGGAGACUGCUGCUGACCCGCCGGAUGACCAACGGCUUGUUCCUCCCGAUCAGCGCGAGGGUGAGUUUCCGCGACUCUCCGAGGCUUACUCGCACCCUUCUCUGUCCUUCGCACCGUCUAAGAAGCGUCGGUCUACGGGAAAUUUUGACCAUCCUCCGAUUGAACCAUCCCGUCCAUCCUCCCCGAACCUCCGCCCUGCUUCGCCCAAACUGAGUUUUCGGGAUUUAUUGAGUAAAAAUCGCUCGCACGUAACGAUCCCUUCCGCCGAGGAGGGCGCAGACUCCAUGGAAAGCGGCAUCACUGUGGUCAUGAAUGGUAGGCCUGGCCCGUGGAUGAUAGCAUCUAAACGAACACGGCAGUACACUCGGGCUCCACAAAAUCGUGCGGGCCCUUCAAAGCAUAAUGGAUCAGUGGGGUCGGGAUCCCGAUUUGACACCUUGCUUGAGGAGGAUGAAGGGGACCCAGAGACAAAUAUUCCGGCUGCCCCCAAUGGAGACUUGGUAUUCACCGCUCGUGCCGGGGAGCAAGCAAAGGGUCUUGGUCCGAAGGUGUGGAAGCCUAAGAGUCUUUCGCGAGGGCCCAAGCCGACGCAUACGGCGACUAAGGUGGCCAGGGAUGACAACUUACUGGGGAGUGAGACAACAUUAUCGAAGCCUCAGGGACGCCCAGAAGCGGUGGGCCGUAGCAGUGGUUUGAGUCGGGAGAGUACUGUGAAUCGUGGGAAAAGUGUGGCUCAGGAUGGCUGUUUCAUGAUUCCCGCCGUUAGUGAUCUGGAUCCUACCAAGCACCAAGCCGUGACUUUUGUUACUUCCCAGCCUGUGGAACGCGACAUGGUGGAGGUAUCUCACUCAUCGAUUGUUGUUCCCCCAUCUCUCCAGGAGGAUCCACCGGAUGCAUCACAAUCGCUUUCGGAUGCAUCCGAAACAUCAAAGGUAGGGGAUGAUGUUGAAUGUGGCUCAAUCUACGAAACUUCGACUUCAUUGGGGGUCACACAUCUAUUGGGGCGAAUGGCCUUCAAAAGUACCACUGACAAAAGCCACCUGGAUAUUGUUCGUGAAGUUGAGAAAAUCGAUGGCCAUUUAGGUUCAUCAGCCUCCCGGGAGCAUAUGAGUUAUAGUUGUGACGCAUUAGCAAAAUAUGUUCCUGAAAUGAUCAAUAAGUUGAAGGAUGAAAUAAGUGAUUUCUCUCGAAACCCUGAGAACUUACUUAUAGAGGCUGUACAUGCAACUGGUUACUCUGAUCCCUUUGCCAAUACAUUUGUGGCUUCAAAGUCCUCGCUUAGGGGUCUAAAUAGUAGCGUGCUGAAGGAGUUUCUUGAUUUAACUGAUUUUGCUCUUGCCUUCGAACUUCCUGGUGGUGGCUGGAUUAAAGAAAAGAAUGCUAUGACUCUGACUGUUCUUCAGCUGCUCAUGGGGAGAGGAGGUGGAUCAUUCUCAGCUGGCGACCCUGGGAAAGGGAGUGAAAACCGAUCAUUGAUACAGGAGUCUGAUUUUGCAACUAACGCUAUUGAUAUUGCUGUUAAAGAACUCAUUGCCGUUGCCAGCCUGGGUGAAGGAAGCCAACUCGACGCUACUGCUCAUUUCCGCCGGCGAGCAGCUCAACCCACCGGCUCGCACCUCAAACACCACCGCGCGCAGUCAAGCCCGCCACCAUCUUCACGCAGCCACCACCACGGCCACAGCUCGCCGUCGCUGCACCACCCCGACGCCACCUGCACGUUCCUCAGCCGCGCGUUUUCCGGCGACCAAAGCUCAGCCUGUCGCUGUUCGACCACACACCCGCAAGCUCGACCUUGGGCAGCACCUGUCGCCGGAAAAGUUGAGCCCCGACACCGCUGUUGCACUCACGUUCGAAGCUCCAUCUUGCCGGUAAAAAGCCACCGUCUCCGACGAGCUCGCGACCACUCUCAUCCUCGCCGAAAAGCUCAGUCUCGACCAGUCCACCCCGCAGCAGCUCUCUCUCCGGUCAGACUGGAGUUGUUUCUGGCCAAAAACUGCGACCAGCUCUCCUUCUACGCGCGAGUCCGAGUAGCAAGUCUCGAUUCUCGCGCCGACCAACCCGUUUUCAGCUCGACUCGACGUCCUACGAGCACACUGGAGACUCCUCACUCAGAUCCGCAUCAUUUGCAGCAAACUAGCCUUAGAUCCGAGUAG